AAAGCAUCUGGACAUGCUGCGCAAUGCAUGCUUUCUGAUCGACCUGCGACAGGGCAACGAGCUGGAAAAGCAGCUCUACGAUCACGAUGUCGAACUCGACCAUAAUGGUCUGGGUGACGCAGGUGCCACAAACAACGGCACGCGGGCGGGGCACAUUGGAUUGUCCUCCUACAGUACUACGGGAGCGGAAGGACUGGGAGGAGAAAAGGAUCAGAGAAGCAUCAGUUCGGCUGUUCGUCUUCCGGAUGAGUUUGGAAAGGUUUUGUACUGCAACCGCGUGGCGAAGAAACUGCUUGCCUCGACGCGCGUUGUAGGAGCGCAAGAACGGACAGGAAGCGCUGACGAACAAAUGAAGGCCAAGCACAAGCUCAAGCUGCAGAUGGACCCCCGCGAGAUGCGUGCGCUUGACGAGGAGGCAGCUAAACGGCGCGCUGGGGCUAGUGCAGCAGCCUCAUCAAGUGGAAGUGCUAGCGCUGUCGCUGCGGAGGAGGCUGCAAAAGAACAAGAAGAUGAAGAACCACUUCCAGCAUCACAAAAGUUGCAUUUGUCCGAUAUAUUGGACGAGGUGCAGAACUGGAAAGCGACCCGCCAGGCCAUCUUUAGCAUUUCGCGACCCUCCGCAGAACAAGGGCGCGCACUCGUGUUUUCGGCAACACUAAGAGACGGCAGCCCAAUUUUUUGCUGCUGGCACCCAGCCGCAUGCCAGACUCGCCCGCACCGAAAAGAGGAGAAUCUGAGCAGUGUGGUCCACUUUCCCUACACGUUCAACGAGACCGAAAAAAAGACGCGGGACCACGCCGCCGCUAUCGACACGCAGUUACAGCUAGAAAACCAAAUCAGGAGCGAUCACGGUGAAGCGGAGUUCGCGACUAAGGUGACGGGGAUGGAGGAGGAAUUGGACUUCUUUGCAGAGCAAAAUUUCAUUCCGGGCACAAAGAAAACAGCGAGAGGGUUCUGCGUUGUGAAGAGAUACGAUCCGGACGCCGCUGCGUCGGCCGCUUCGGAAAAACAAGCUGAGGGCGUGGUGCCAAAAAUCAAAUUGAAUUUGAACGAUGAAGGCAGCAUUAUUGAAAUCAGUUCGCUUCGCCAGUUAGAGGACAUCAUCAUUUAUGGCCGCCGGCGUUUUGGUGACGCAGCUGCCGCCGCAGAAGGAGGAUCCGUGUCAGCUGUGGGGUCCCCGUCCUCGUCGAGUGUGCCCACCCAGGGGCCGCAGCCGGAGGGAAAUACGUCUUCACCGCGCCACGCUUUGAACGCCAACCUCCCACAAGUUGCUCUUCCGAUAGACCACGUAGAGGAAUCCCCGACGACUGCAGAUGGCGGGUUUGACGCGCACCAGCUACUUGGCAUUGUGCUCGACAAGCGCGGCGACCAGGGCCAAGAUUCCGGCGCUGCGCUGGACCGAUCACAGGAUGCAGCUUGCGCCAUUAGUAGCAAGGCAGACCUCCGAAAUUUCCUCGGCGCUUCAUCCAGCAGCGCUGCGUGCUCAUCUACCCGAGGGCAAUGCGCGGCGAACUGCAAGUCGGGGUACAAGAACCGCCACACUGGAGAUGUUGGCAUCCAUUACGACGACAAUCCGGCUCCACCACCGAAGGGGCCACUUCAUGCGCCGGCUCCGCCGACGACUCCUUUCAAUGGAGGUAUAACUUCGGAAGCGGGACCGCCAAUAAUCAAGGCGGUGCUGUUUUGCAACAACUUGUGUCAGGCGUGCGCCAUGUUUCACGAAUUCUAUUAUGCCGUGAGCCUCGCUUAUCAUCGUCGGCGAGUGGUUUUUGCGGAGGUAGAUGUGGAUCGUAACUUCGCGCUCGCGAAGAGGGUGCUCGGACCCACUUUCUUUCUGCCAGCUGUCCUGUUUUACGAUCGGCACGGUAACAAGAUCUUGGGCCCCAGCGUGAAUCAGGGGAAGUUGUGUGCUUCCGGAAUGAAAUUUCGCGAACUUCUGCUGGCUCUUCUGAAUGCAGAAGAGGAGUCUGAGAAGGCGGAGCUGGCAGAAUUAGCUUCGGCCCGAAAGGAUAGGGAAACUGUAGUUGACAUGGGGCAGGAAUCCACUCCCCUUGCAAGGGCACCGGUUGCCGACGAAGACACGGACUCGGAGAAGGACAGCACAGAAGCCCUUCAGAGAAAAUGGGGGCACCACAUGCCGUUGCUGCGCAAAAAAUAAAAAUGCCAAGAAAACCAGCGGGGUCGGCAGCGCUGCAGGUGCAGGCGUUGUAGCCAGUGACAUUGAUGGUUCUCAGCCUUUUCCAAUCGUCCCGGCAAGCACGUCCACCGCCUCGUCGUCGUCCUCUGGAAGUGCAGUGAUAGGGCACUUGAAACGCUCAUCCUCGCAGUCGUCUUCCCCCGGGCAAGACGAGACGCCGAAACAAGGCAGCAGGAAGCAGCGUGGCGCCGGCAUGUCGAGUUUGAUGCCGAAGGCGCUUUCCAGCAUGAAGAUGCCUGGGAUGAAAGUGCCUUCUUGCUUUCGCAGUACUAAUGGCCGAAAUACUACUUCUGACGCAUUCGCAUCCGGUCUCGGCAAAAAAGCGGGACUUCUCUGCUUUCGUAGCGGCCGCCAAGAAGGACACGACCCAACCCCUCUCGAAGAUUUUGGUCCAGAUCAGCAAGGCGAUCACUCUUGUUCAAAAAGUGAUCUUCAUAGCAUGGGAGAUGACGAGCAGGAAAAAAUAAACCGGGACUGCGGGAUCGUGAUGCUCAACAGCGGGGACUGCGAGAAGACUUUUUCUCUUAUGAACGAAAACGCUUUUGUAGAGGAACUCGCCAACAUGGUCGGGCCGCGGGACGAUUUGCUGGGCCACUUUGAGCAGGUCAUAGUCUCGUCCGCGAGCUCUUGCGGCACCAGCCCGUCGCAAGCUAUCUGGACGUCGUCCCUGGAUCGGAAGGACACAAGCUCGCAAGGCAGCAAGAAGCCAGAUUCUGCGAUAUCCCUGCCGAAAUCGGAAUCGCCGGAAAAGUGCAUCUACGAAAGGG